GCUUUUACUGACUAGCAGACAACUAUAAUCGUACUGGGCGUUUUAUAAACUUAUAAAAGAGAAUUCAAUUUAUUGUUCCUUUUCAUCUUUCAAAGUUGAACAAUGACAUCGAACCUAAAGACAGAGAAACUCUCUUUGUAUUGUCCGGAGCUUUCGGAUUUGGCCGCAGUUUUAGAAAAAUCUAUGAAAGCUCAUUUUCAAAAUGUUACAGCAUCUGUUGUCGACUGUCCCAACUUGACUAACGCCCCGUUCAAUCUUAUUUCAGAAGGAUUGUGCGGAAAUGUACGUAUUGCUGAUGUUGGAGGAGUUCCUUAUCUGAUGCCAAAAGUUAUGAAAGAGCACACGUACGAAAUAAAGGAACUGUGUAAACUUGUCGAACUACAAGAUGCCUACGUGUUUGGAGCUGGCGCCGGACCUUUUCAUAAACUUGGAAUGAAUGCUGAAAUGAUUUGCGAUGUAAAAUUUAACGGCAGUGAGAAGCUUAAUACUAAACUUGGUACAUCGAUAAAUGGAAAAGUUAAAGUUCAAAAGGCCCCAUGCGCCGAAUUCGGUCUACUUGGUAAUUUAGGAUUCUGUGAUGGAAAGCCAGGAAAGGUUAUCGAACUUGUCGUUUCCAAAAGAAUUUCAGAAGAAAAUAUAAUGUCUUCUGUUCGAAAGACUCUCAAAGAAGAAUACAAAGACAAAAUUGUGGGAAUGUGCGGUACAUUUAAUGUAGAAAAAGGAAAAGUUAAAAUACACUGCAUGCCAGAUUUUUGCAAGGAGCCCAUUGAGUCAAAUGAGGACGUUAAUAAUUGGCUUGACUUUUAUGAAAUUCCAGCACCUUUUACUGCUGUAGGAUGGUUGAUUUCAGAUGAUCCGGAUAUGGAUAUUCGGGUUGAGCACUUUCAUGGGCUAGCUGAGGACACUGCCGGACAUUAUCACUAUGAUGUUACGCCGGACGAAGUUGUUUACAGAUGUUAUUUCUCUAUUCCAAAGUAUCUUUAUAGAAUUGAUAGGCCAGAGAUAACCCACACUUUCGGUAGAGAUUAA